CUGGGAUGCCUUCUGCAUUUCCUGAUGACCGGAGCCGUCACAGCAUCAGAGUUUGAGAUGGAUGGGGAUUAUCUGAUUGGUGGACUUUUUGAUAUCCAUCAUGUCAGUGGAACGCCGUACCAUGACAGACCAGAAACCAUCACCUGCUCAAGUCAACGUUUGACUCUAUCAAGUUAUCGGAGGUUUCAGCUGAUGAGAUUCUCUGUGGAGGAAAUCAAUAACUCCACCAGCCUGCUGCCAAAUGUAACAAUUGGGUAUAAAAUAUUUGACCACUGUUCAGAUACACAGAAUUUCCCCAGUAUUUUUAAACUCAUCUCUGUUAACGGUUUAAUCCAACCCUGGGAGGAAUCUCUGAAGAACGCGUCCAAAGUGAUAGCAGUGGUCGGCACGUACACGAGCACAGAGACACUGACUGUAGCCCCACUCUUCAUGAUGGAUCUCAUCCCUAUGGUCAGUUAUGGAGCUGCAAGUUCUGUCUUCUCAAGAAAACAAAAUUUCCCAUCUUUCUUACGAACAGUUCAUCCCAAUAAAGACGUCAUUGAGGUGGUUUUUAAUAUUUUGAUUAACUUCAGCUGGCGGUGGGUUUCUUUUUUAUAUAGUAAUGAUGAUUAUGGAAAAGAUGGCCUCGAUUUGUUCAGGGGCAAGAUAAAAGAUACUGAUAUCUGCCUGGCAUACACCAAAGGCCUAACUGAAGAUACAGAUUACCCUCAAACACUCAGACAGCUGGAGGCACAGAGGGUAAACGUCAUCAUUGUUUUUGCUGCAGAAUGGACGGCUGAAGCGCUCAUUGAGGCAGCGAUAAAACACAACGUCACCAACAAAGUGUGGAUAGCCGGGGAUGCAUGGUCCCUAAACAAACAGCUCCCUAAAGAAGAAGGGAUCAGACGUAUUGGGACUGUCCUCGGGGUUGCUGAGCCAGUGUUGACAAUACCAGGUUUUAGUGAUUUUAUCUAUUUUUUCAACGCUGAAUCUCAGCAGGAAAAUGCAGACCAAGAGAAGUUUUGUAACCAGAAUUGUGACUGCAGCAGUGUGAACGCUGACGAUAUCAAUAAUGCAGAUCCAUCUUUCAAUUUUCCCGUUUACUCUGCUGUUUAUGCCAUUGCUCAUGCUUUGCACACUGCCUUGCAGUGUGGAGAUGGCGGGUGCGAUAGAAAUAUCACCGUAGACAGGUACAUGGUUCUAAAAGCACUACAAAAGUCCAACUUUACUCUUUUAAAUCAACAAGUCCAGUUUGAUGAAGACGGUGAUCCAAACUUUGGAUCCUACUCAAUAGUUUUUUGGAACUAUAGAGGCGAAGCAGAGGAGGUUGGCUUUUAUAAUUUUCACUCCUCGGUCCAGUUCUACAUCAACAGCACCAAAAUCCAGUGGCAUGCAAAUGGAGAGGUGCCUAGAUCGUUCUGCUCCCAGGAAUGUCCUGCAGGACACGCCAGAAAACAAGAAGGAAUCCAUGAAUGCUGCUUCAGUUGUUCAGUUUGUCCAAAAGGAACUUAUAUCAACAUUACAGAAGAUCGCUAUGACUGCAUCAGCUGUAAGGAGACGGAGUGGUCUGAAACAGGAAGUACAUCAUGCAGUCUGCGGCUGGUGGAGUUCGUCCUGUUUACAGACAGUGGAGCUGUAGUGAUCAUAGUCGGGGCCUGGGUCUUCAUCGGCCUGGCUCUGGCUGUGUCGGUUCUCUUUGCCGUCAACUACAACACGCCUGUUGUCAGAUCUGCUGGAGGACUGAUGUGCUUCCUGAUUUUAGCCUGCCUAUGUUUGUCUGAUGUUAGUGUGUUCUUUUAUUUUGGUGAGCCCACAACUGCUUUUUGCAUCUUACAGUUUUUACCUUUUCUGCUGUUCUACACCGUUUGUCUGGCGUGUUUUGUUGUGCGUUCUUUUCAAAUAGUUUGCAUUUUCAAAAUAGCUGCCAAAUUCCCCAACCUCCUCAGCUGGUGGACAAAAUAUAACGGCCAAUGGUUGAUCAUCACUGUAGCAUUUGUCACUCAGGCUGUCACGCUGACCAUUGGCUAUUCCGUUGCUCCCUCAAAACCUUUCAACGACACGGUUUCAUUCUCAGAAUCUAUCAUACUUGGCUGCACACCUGACUUUCAAUCUGUAUCUGCCUCUUUGGUUUUACUUUCGUCCCUGUGCGCUCUUUGCUUCAUUUUCUCUUACAUGGGAAAAGACCUUCCAAAAAACUACAACGAAGCCAAAGCGAUCACUUUCUGUCUUCUCCUGCUGAUAUUGACCUGGAUCAUUCUUGCCACCGCAAGUAUACUUUACCACGGAAAGCACAUCCACACGUUUACUGCUUUGGCUGUACUCUCCAGUCUCUAUUCUUUCCUGUUGUGGUACUUUCUCCCAAAAUGUUACAUCAUUAUUUUUCAACCGCACAAAAACACACAGCAGCACUUCCAAGGUCUCAUUCAGAACUAUACCAAAACAGUUAGCCAGUAA